AUUCCACCUGACCUCCGCACUGUUAGCGCCACUCCAAACAUCGACCGUCCUCAUCUCAGCAACAUCAAUCAGUUCUCCUGUUUACACCUCACCUCUCAACAUCGCAGCCAUUGCACCCUGUCAGAAUAGCUUCGGACAAACCUACGAGACAGACCUAAUUAACCGACGCAAAGAAUCCACCCCUCGCGCCUCACGAUGAGGUUUUCUACGGCCUUUCUCGCCCUGCUCUCGGUCGGCUUCUCAUCGGCGCGUCUGCAGGGGCGGGACCAGGUGCCGGUCGCUCUCGACGAUGACCACAAAAUCCCCGGCGAGUCGCCUCUCAAGCUCUGCGAUGGCGACCACAAGGAUGACAUCCUCAAGAUCACCAAGGUCGACCUUUCGCCCAACCCACCCAAGGCCGGCGAGAGUCUUGUUAUCAAGGCCAGCGGCGAUGUCACCCAGAAAAUUGAGGAGGGCGCUUACAUCAACCUCUCUGUCAAAUACGGUCUGAUUCGCCUUAUCAACACCAAGGCCGACCUCUGCGAGCAGAUCAAGAAUGUUGAUCUCGAAUGCCCCAUCGAUGAGGGCAAGCUUGACAUUGUCAAGUCGGUGGAUCUGCCCAAUGAGAUUCCUCCUGGAAAAUACACCGUUUUCGCCGAUGUCUACACCAAGGACAACAAGAAGAUCUCAUGCCUGACGGCUGAAGUCAGAUUUGAGAGGAAUAGCAUUGCCACUCCAUGGGGUGACUUGUAGUUGCGGCGAUCAAAGGAAGAGGAAUGAUCCAUCGGGUGUACAUAAUGACGGAUGAGGUGUCCCCGGGUUGGAGUCGUCGGCCCCAUCUUGCAUGAGGAAGAUUGUCAAUUGCCGUUUUACAUUUCCUACGCAUGAUCAUAGUUUUGUUCGUUUUUGCAAGUUUUUUUUUUUUUUUUUUUUUUUUUUUUUUUAGCACGCGCGACACUGCAUACGGGAGUAGUCCUGUCAUACCAGAUACGACCAACAUGGCGUUCUGUACUUUGUUUUUUCUAAAGUAAUCACCACAAGCUGGACGAUGCCCUUUUGUUAGUCAAAAUUGCCUGAGAUUUGUUGUUUCGUAACGUUGCUUGACGGUAUUCAUUUCUAUCAAAUUGAAACAAAACCGAGUCUCCAUCUGGACCAGUUGCAGUACAAGUCUAUUCUCCAAACAAGCGGCGAACUCGCCUAAGCACA